AUGGCAGGCCAAACUGUGAAGCUCUUCACAGUGCUCAAGAGAUCUGCGAGCAUAAUGCGGUCCCCCACGUCCCACUUCUUACACCUCUCCGCCCUGCUUCUCCCCCUGGGUGUCCUCUUGUCCACCGUCAUCUACCCUUCUCUGCUUGAUUCCGUCACCGACCCAUUCUCUCCCGGCGACCGGGCUCCUACUUCUGCACCUCAACCAAGCCAACCGACCAUCGCCUCCACACUCAUUCAUAUCUUUACACCUAUCGCCUUCACGGUCUUCGCCUUGAUCUCCUCUGUCUGCGCAGUCGGGUCGAUCACCCACAGCAUAUUUCAUGGGUUCCACGGCCAACCCGUGAAGCUAAGGUCGGCGAUCGAAGCGGGUUUCGGGUCUUUUUUAUUUCUGCUGGCUACGGCUGUGAUUUUGCAGCUGGUUGUGAAAUGGUUUGGGAUACUGCUGUUUAUGGGGGGUCGAGUGGUCGAGCUGCAGAGCGGGCGGAGGAUGGAGGACUGGUCGCCUGAGUUGACUUUCGCCUUCUACGGGGUGGCUGCAACGGCUGUGUUGCCGGUGGCUCUGUACGUGCAAGUGAUGUUGAGCAUGGCCCCCGUGGUGGUUGUGGCGGAAGCGUGUUGGGGUUUGACUGCCUUGAGCCGAAGCUGGCGUUUGGUGGAGGGAACGAAACUCAGAGGGGUUGUGCUCUCGUUGAUGCUGAUUUGUGGGUUUUGCAGUGGGGCUUUGGGGAUUUUGGGUUGGAGAUUGGAAAGGACGUGGGUGGCGCUAACCAGUGGGUGGCAGAAUGGGGCGCUGUGUCUGCUACAUGGCAUUGCCCUCAUCAGUAUUUUGCAGAUGAUGGUCAUCUUUUUCUAUACAGUGGCAAUCACUGUAUUGUAUUGCGAGGCCAAGGAAGACGACGGUGGUGAGGAGGUUGAUCUUGGUGAUGACUGUUGCAAGUUUCCCUGA